GGAUGUUUGGUGGCGCUAAGGGGGUAUGCUGAAUGGGUCUGGUCCUGCGCGUGCCAUACCUGGGCCGGCAUUGUUGAAGAAAAGGGGGGGUGCUGGAGCGAGCCAUGCACCGCCGAUUGGCGCAGGUACCUGAUUUUCAUCUAGCCCCAGCCAGCAACUAUGCUACUUCGGGGAUUUAAUUUGUCGAUUUUGCCGUUGUCUUGGAGUCCUAGCCGGCUGCGAACCAUGGUAAAAGUCAGCUGCACCCAGGUCUUCGAUCUGCUUUCUUUCAUCCUUCUCUACCAACCUCACCACAGUCUUUCCCUCAUCGUUCCUUGCUCAUCUACAAAAGCCUGCCACUCUUUCUAUAAUCACUUAUACCCCAUACAAGACUCGUAAUCUCCACACGUAAUCGUAUUCUCAACAACCAUCAACAUGCGCUUCUUCCAGAUCCUCGCUUCCGGCGCUGCCCUUAUUGCUUCUGCCCUGGCCCAGAGCACCGUGAUCCAGAUCAACAGCUACCCGCAAACUGGUGUCAUUGCGGGACAGUCGUACACUGUAACGUACUCGCCCGCCGACAACGUUCCUACUACCUUCAUCCUCCGCAAGGGCCCAAGCGGUGACCUCGGAACUGUUGGCACUCUGACCACCACGGCAACUGGCGGUUCAUUCACCUGGAACGUUGCUUCCACCCUUGUCAGCGACAACGACUACGCUCUUGAAAUCCGACGCGGAUCUGAAGUCAACUACUCUGCCCAGUUCAGCCUGAGCGGUGGCUCCGGUGUUGCCUCCUCUGCUGUGUCGUCUGCCCACUCGUCGGCUGCCUCAUCUGCUGCAUCGUCGGCCGCCUCUUCCGCUUCCUCUGUCGCUUCAUCCAGCCAUGCCUCCAGCGCAUCGUCUGCUGUCAUCACCAGCGCUUCCUCCAUGAUCACCAGCGCUUCCUCCAUAUCCGGUGUCAUCAGCUCGACAUCCACCCGCAACAGCACCGUCUCCACCUCGAGGCCAAGUGGCACCUCCUCGGCUACCCUCCCAGAGAGCACUGGCGCAGCUGCGUCACUCGCUUCCAGUCCUCUGGCGCUCAUCUUCGGCGCCGUUGCCGCUAUGAUCUUCCUCAACUAAGCUUUUCCUUCGCGUAAAGUUGUCUGCGGUUGACUGAGUUGCGUCGAGAGUUGAAAAGUAUCGCUUUGUACUUGGUGUGAUAUCGUAGGAGUUGAGAUAUCAUGACAGAUGUUGUUAGGAGUGUAGCUUUGUGUAUUGCUUUGUCUAGCGCAGACGAGUUCUGCUCAGAGAUAGUUGACUAUUUCACGAUUCUAAUUUAUCUUUUGCUAUUCACCUUUUUUCCUUCAUGUAUGUAUGAUUCCGUGGAGAAAUAGCACAAUAUUCUCGCUAUGGGCAUAUGGCAUAGGCAUUCUGUGCUUCAGUCUCCCACUGUCUGAACAAUUUGAAGUAAUACAAGUACGCUGUAUCACCUAUAUCUUGUGUUACCGUUCUGUCACGAGCAAUAGACUUAAACAAGCCGGAG